AUCAAAUGGAUGUGGUCUGGUGGGAACUUGCUGCAGCGAAAUGCUUAGUUUUCUUUUUGUCUUGCUUAAAACCUCUGCCUAGUCGGCAGAAAUAUGGUAGUGCGUUCUAUUUUCACUGGUGAAAUGGCAUCAGUUGUACACAGUAUGCAGGCAUGUCAACUUGCUCCUGAACUACUGAUCAGUCUUGUUUAACUUGUGAUAAACUUGGUGCUCAGCUAUGCUGCAGAACAUUAUAAGAGAAGAAUUCUAUGAAGUAUGGUAUGACACCCUUUGCCCAGUUAUAUCUAUCUACUUAUUAUGUUUUUCCAGUAGGUGGUUGUUUGUUUGUUCAAGUACCAAGCUUUGUGUGUCUAUCGACUACAAAUUGCCAAGCUAUAAGCUAUGUUGUUUUAACUAUUCUUUUCAUUUAAGUUGCAUUAGUUAGUUGCUGUUUAGUUUUAUAUUGUUUCCUUUGUUCCUUUUAUGUUGUAGAAGCUUACAUGGAAUAUAUGUCAUUCAAUUAUCCAUUGUCUUUUACGGCAUCAGCUGAAUCAGAGGAAGAAGCCUUGCCCUCUUAUUUUAUUUCCUACACCGUUUCUACUAUCAGUUUAGCUUACUAUGUUUUUCACGCUUGGUUUUCUUGAUCGAUUCAUGAAAAUCUGAAUGUGAGAUCUCAAACAAUCUUUCCAGAAGAAAGACUAAUGGCAUGGUUUGAUGCUGCUUGAUUGUGAGAUCCUGUCGAGAAGAUCAAAAGAACCCACACAGGAACCUACCUGUCAUAGCUACCUACCUUUCAUGAGGUUCUUCAGAAAGCAGAAAAAUGCCGGUGCGGAUCAAAGGAAAGAAGACAGAGUGGUUACCACAAAUUGUGUAUAUCAAAUGGAGAAGAAUUAGACAUGGAACAAAUCCUGUUGGGUCUCUUCAAUCCCUUGCAUGACGGCCAGCUCAUGUUACCUCAAGGAUGGAUCAACUCUUAUUUGGGUCUCAAGCAACUAAGAGAAAUGUUUAAAACUAGCUUCUGUGUUCCAGAGUUCUGUCCGGACAAAGAACUCUGGUUUUCCAAUGUUUUCUGCUCGCUGAGAAGGACCGUUUAUCCUUCUCUCUCAUAUAUAAAGACGGCAAGCAGUCACUCGAGCUGAUUUGCAAGGAUAAGGUUGAACCACAGGUGUGGUUUACAUGCCUCAGUGCAUUGGUAUCUCCAGGCAAAGCACAAAUCCCAACCCCAACACACCGACGAAAUGCGCAGUGGUGCCCUUUCUUUAGAUUGUGGCAGGGAAAGUAGCCUAAGCAGUGUUUCUACAUUUACCACGGAUUCCCUUGAGAACAAGUUAAGCUCAGCAAAUUCUAAGGACCAUUCUUCUCGAGAAUAUGCAUAUUCAGUAAGGACCGACAUGUCAGUUAUGCAAGUGAAAAGUGUUUCUUCAUCAGACAUUCGGGUCAGUGUCUCCAGUGCUCUCUGCACAUCCAGCCAUGGUUCUGGUGGUGAGGAUUCUGAAUCAUUUGGGGAGAAGUCAUGUGUGACACCACUUCAAUAUCAGCGUCUGAUGGAAACACACUCUCCCCUGGUGCAACUACCGAUAUUCUUGUGCCAAAGCCCCUGGAGUCAAAUGUAAUGCUUGAUGUCAGUUACGUGGCUUGUGGUGUGAAGCAUGCUGCACUUAUCACAAGACAGAUAGAGGUAUUUACAUGUGGAGAGAAUGCAGUGUGCGGCUUGGUCAUGGGGCUGCUACAAGCAUUUUUGGACUACGUCUACUCGAGUCAUUGUCAACCGGCAAUGUUGAAAUAAUGGCUUCUGGUGAAUUCCAUACUUGUGCUGUUACAGCAACAGGUGAUCUUUACACCUGGGGAGAUGGUACCCACAAUGCAGGACUCCUUGGUCAUGGUAGUACCGUGAGUCACUGGAUUCCCAAAAGAGUUUCAGGUCCUCUGUAAGGCCUUCAGGUGUCGACUGUCUCUUGCGGAACAUGCCAUACAGCUUUGAUAACUAGUUCUGGACUGUUGUACACAUUUGGCGACAGUGCAUCUGGACUCUGGAGCCCUAGUUCAUGGGAAUCAAGAAACUAUCUCGUAUCCAAAGGAAGUGGAGUCUUUGAAGCAUUUGAGGAUGAUUUCUGUUUCAUGCGGGGUGUGGCAUAGUGCUGCUGUUGUGGAUGUUAUUAUGAUGCUGAUGCAGUCAAAUGCUUCAUCUGGAAAUCUAGUUACAUGGGGAGAUGGAGACAAAUAUUGGCUUGGGCAUGGUGGCAGGUCCUUGAAACUCAAACCAACUCGUGUGUCUUCUUUACUGAUAUACUACAACAUACACAAAUCUGCAUUUGGCCAUACUCUUACGAUUGGGUUGACAACUUCAGGGCACAAAUCUGCAUGUGGCCAUACUCUUACGAUUGGGUUGACAACUUCAGGGCACAAAUCUGCAUGUGGCCAUACUCUUACGAUUGGGUUUGACAACUUCAGGGCACAAAUCUGCAUGUGGCCAUACUCUUACGAUUGGGUUUGACAACUUCAGGGAGCUCUGUGUAUGGACAGCUUGGCAACCCCAAUAAUGAUGGAAGGUAUGCACACCUAGUAAAAGAUAAGGUCUGACUGCGGUGGUGUUGAGGAGGUAGCUUGUGGAAGCUUGAUCAUGUUGCAGUUUUGACAAAUGCUGGUGAAGUUUACACAUGGGGCAAGGGUGCAAAUGUAAGAUUGGGUCAUGGCGAUACUGCAGACCGUAAAUGGGUGUCUGGGAUGGAGCAGUCCCAGUGCGAGGGACUGCUCCCAUUUGUGCUUCUUGCGAGUGAACUUUUGAAGCAAGAGGUUCAAAAACUGAAAGAAGAGGUAACUGUUACUACAGUGGUAAACACGGCACCCAAAAGUUCACUCGCAAGAGGCACAGCCUCUUUCCAGGAUGCUAAUGAACUUUUGAAGCAAGAGGUUCAGAAACUGAAAGAAGAGGUCGAUAGUUUGAGACUUUUGAAGCAAGAGGUUCAAAAACUGAAAGAAGAGGUAACUGUUACUACAGUGGUAAACACGGCACCCAAAAGUUCACUCGCAAGAGGCACAGCCUCUUUCCAGGAUGCUAAUGAACUUUUGAAGCAAGAGGUUCAGAAACUGAAAGAAGAGGUCGAUAGUUUGAGACUUUUGAAGCAAGAGGUUCAAAAACUGAAAGAAGAGGUAACUGUUACUACAGUGGUAAACACGGCACCCAAAAGUUCACUCGCAAGAGGCACAGCCUCUUUCCAGGAUGCUAAUGAACUUUUGAAGCAAGAGGUUCAGAAACUGAAAGAAGAGGUCGAUAGUUUGAGACUUUUGAAGCAAGAGGUUCAAAAACUGAAAGAAGAGGUAACUGUUACUACAGUGGUAAACACGGCACCCAAAAGUUCACUCGCAAGAGGCACAGCCUCUUUCCAGGAUGCUAAUGAACUUUUGAAGCAAGAGGUUCAGAAACUGAAAGAAGAGGUCGAUAGUUUGAGACUUUUGAAGCAAGAGGUUCAAAAACUGAAAGAAGAGGUAACUGUUACUACAGUGGUAAACACGGCACCCAAAAGUUCACUCGCAAGAGGCACAGCCUCUUUCCAGGAUGCUAAUGAACUUUUGAAGCAAGAGGUUCAGAAACUGAAAGAAGAGGUCGAUAGUUUGAGACUUUUGAAGCAAGAGGUUCAAAAACUGAAAGAAGAGGUAACUGUUACUACAGUGGUAAACACGGCACCCAAAAGUUCACUCGCAAGAGGCACAGCCUCUUUCCAGGAUGCUAAUGAACUUUUGAAGCAAGAGGUUCAGAAACUGAAAGAAGAGGUCGAUAGUUUGAGACUUUUGAAGCAAGAGGUUCAAAAACUGAAAGAAGAGGUAACUGUUACUACAGUGGUAAACACGGCACCCAAAAGUUCACUCGCAAGAGGCACAGCCUCUUUCCAGGAUGCUAAUGAACUUUUGAAGCAAGAGGUUCAGAAACUGAAAGAAGAGGUCGAUAGUUUGAGACUUUUGAAGCAAGAGGUUCAAAAACUGAAAGAAGAGGUAACUGUUACUACAGUGGUAAACACGGCACCCAAAAGUUCACUCGCAAGAGGCACAGCCUCUUUCCAGGAUGCUAAUGAACUUUUGAAGCAAGAGGUUCAGAAACUGAAAGAAGAGGUCGAUAGUUUGAGACUUUUGAAGCAAGAGGUUCAAAAACUGAAAGAAGAGGUAACUGUUACUACAGUGGUAAACACGGCACCCAAAAGUUCACUCGCAAGAGGCACAGCCUCUUUCCAGGAUGCUAAUGAACUUUUGAAGCAAGAGGUUCAGAAACUGAAAGAAGAGGUCGAUAGUUUGAGACUUUUGAAGCAAGAGGUUCAAAAACUGAAAGAAGAGGUAACUGUUACUACAGUGGUAAACACGGCACCCAAAAGUUCACUCGCAAGAGGCACAGCCUCUUUCCAGGAUGCUAAUGAACUUUUGAAGCAAGAGGUUCAGAAACUGAAAGAAGAGGUCGAUAGUUUGAGACUUUUGAAGCAAGAGGUUCAAAAACUGAAAGAAGAGGUAACUGUUACUACAGUGGUAAACACGGCACCCAAAAGUUCACUCGCAAGAGGCACAGCCUCUUUCCAGGAUGCUAAUGAACUUUUGAAGCAAGAGGUUCAGAAACUGAAAGAAGAGGUCGAUAGUUUGAGACUUUUGAAGCAAGAGGUUCAAAAACUGAAAGAAGAGGUAACUGUUACUACAGUGGUAAACACGGCACCCAAAAGUUCACUCGCAAGAGGCACAGCCUCUUUCCAGGAUGCUAAUGAACUUUUGAAGCAAGAGGUUCAGAAACUGAAAGAAGAGGUCGAUAGUUUGAGACUUUUGAAGCAAGAGGUUCAAAAACUGAAAGAAGAGGUAACUGUUACUACAGUGGUAAACACGGCACCCAAAAGUUCACUCGCAAGAGGCACAGCCUCUUUCCAGGAUGCUAAUGAACUUUUGAAGCAAGAGGUUCAGAAACUGAAAGAAGAGGUAAAAGAAAUGUCUGAGAGGCUUCCUCCAGGAGACCCUAACCUGAAGCCACCACGAGUCGGGUUUCUCCUGAAUUGGGGAGAGAAGGCGAGAAGAGAUAUGAGUCAGUAUCCAUUCAUUCAUUAUUUUCAGACACUGACUUGUGUCGUGUCUGCUUGGUCUAACGGUCUCCCUCCCCAAGCACUAGAUAACAGCGGUUCCACACGACAACAUGUUUGAGAACUUAAACAAGAGCAGAGAUCUCCCGGCUGCGCAGCAGAGGACGAACGGUGGGAUGACCGGCGGGAAACAGGAAGGUUGCAGAUAAACCGGCAAGGCUGGAACACGAGGGGCUCCAGUUCACUUAGUAACCUUGAAUGGAUGAGCCAAAGCUCCUCCAACUUGGUGUUCUGAACCGAAUGUAAUGUGAGCCAGCCCUGCAAGCGCGCAUUGUCGUGGAAUUGGUUGCAGAGUAAGAAUCGCACGGAUAAGUGUAUGUAGUAAUAUCGGAGUGGGUGUGAUCUGCUACGCUUGGAAUAUAGGAAUACGUGUUGCAUCCAAGAUAAGAAUAUAGGAAUCAAACGAAGUGCAUCAUGAGGGUUGGGGAUUUAGCCAACACGCUCUACUAUCAAUUUAUUAUAGAUUCACCUAUGCCCCAAGAAAGAGGUGGAAUUCAUCAAUAGAUUUUUGGUAAUGAUAACUCCCGAACGUUCGGGAGUUAAGUAUGGCAACCCGAAAUGUAAAAAUGACGAAGUUGCCAUCCCCUAUCAACUAAAGUUGCCAUGUAAAAAUGUUCGGGCCGAAAUGCUUAAAAUCCGAACAUUCGGGAGUUAUUGGAUUCCUAGAUUUAAGAGCAUCUUCAGCCGUUGGCCCCCCAGGAGGCGCUAAAAAUCGCCCCCUGAAGGCACACCGGCGCAAAACACGCGCUGGGGGCGUGAUGCCACCCAGUUGCGGCGCCCACGGAGUUUUGUGAAAAUUAAAAGUGUGGCACAAACAUGGCGCAAAUUCAACCAUUUUCGACGAGUUCAUACAUAUUUUGGCAAGUUCAAACCAAAUUCAACGAAACACGGCGAGAGUUCAUACAUAUUUAAAAUAUUUUACAAAAAAGGAAAAAACACACAACUAGGCCCGCCGUCUC